AGAGUUCCACUCCCUGGCUGGAGGCACCACCAAGGUAGUGUCCACUUGUCCGUCUGUUCGGCCCGCCCUCAGCAGCCAUGUCCCGGCCCCUGUCGGACCAUGAGAAGAGAAAGCAAAUCAGCGUGCGUGGCCUGGCUGGUGUGGAGAACGUGGCCGAGCUGAAAAAGAACUUCAACCGGCACCUACAUUUCACACUCGUCAAGGACCGCAACGUGGCCACCCCACGAGACUACUACUUUGCACUGGCCCACACCGUGCGCGACCACCUUGUGGGUCGCUGGAUCCGCACGCAGCAGCACUACUAUGAGAAGGACCCCAAGAGGAUCUACUACCUGUCUUUGGAGUUCUACAUAGGACGGACGCUACAAAACACCAUGGUGAACCUGGCCUUGGAAAAUGCCUGUGAUGAGGCCACCUACCAGCUGGGGCUGGACAUGGAGGAGCUGGAGGAAAUUGAGGAGGAUGCAGGUCUGGGCAACGGGGGCCUGGGCCGGCUGGCAGCCUGCUUUCUGGACUCCAUGGCAACAUUGGGCCUGGCUGCCUAUGGCUAUGGGAUCCGCUAUGAGUUUGGGAUUUUUAACCAGAAGAUCAGCGGAGGCUGGCAGAUGGAGGAGGCUGAUGACUGGCUUCGCUAUGGCAACCCCUGGGAGAAGGCCCGACCCGAGUUCAUGCUGCCUGUGCACUUCUAUGGCCGAGUGGAGCACACCAGCCACGGCGCCAAGUGGGUGGACACACAGGUGGUAUUAGCCAUGCCCUACGACACGCCUGUACCAGGCUACCGCAACAACAUUGUCAACACCAUGCGCCUCUGGUCAGCCAAGGCACCCAAUGACUUCAACCUCAAGGACUUCAACGUCGGUGGCUACAUCCAGGCUGUGCUGGACCGCAACCUGGCUGAGAACAUCUCUCGUGUCCUGUACCCCAAUGAUAAUUUCUUCGAGGGGAAGGAGCUUCGGCUGAAGCAGGAAUACUUCGUAGUGGCCGCCACCCUCCAAGACAUCAUCCGCCGCUUCAAGUCUUCCAAGUUCGGCUGCCGUGAUCCCGUGCGCACGAAUUUCGAUGCCUUCCCGGAUAAGGUGGCCAUCCAGCUCAAUGACACCCACCCUUCCUUGGCCAUCCCCGAGCUUAUGAGGAUUCUGGUAGACCUGGAGCGGCUGGACUGGGACAAGGCAUGGGACGUGACAGUGAAGACCUGUGCCUACACCAACCACACGGUGCUGCCCGAGGCCCUGGAGCGCUGGCCCGUGCACCUCAUCGAGACGCUGCUGCCGCGGCACCUCCAGAUCAUCUACGAGAUCAACCAGCGCUUCCUUAACCGAGUGGCUGCAGCAUUCCCAGGGGACGUAGACCGGCUGCGUCGCAUGUCGCUCGUGGAGGAGGGCGCGGUGAAGCGCAUCAACAUGGCACACCUGUGCAUCGCCGGUUCGCACGCCGUCAACGGCGUGGCUCGCAUCCACUCCGAGAUCCUCAAGAAGACCAUCUUUAAGGACUUCUAUGAGCUGGAGCCUCAUAAGUUCCAGAAUAAGACCAAUGGCAUCACCCCUCGGCGCUGGCUGGUUCUGUGUAACCCCGGGCUGGCAGAAGUCAUUGCUGAGCGCAUUGGGGAGGACUAUAUCUCGGACCUGGACCAGCUGCGCAAAUUGCUAGCCUACGUGGAUGAUGAAGCCUUUAUCCGGGAUGUGGCCAAAGUGAAGCAGGAAAACAAGUUGAAGUUCUCUGCGUACCUAGAGAGCGAGUACAAAGUCCAUAUCAACCCCAACUCGCUCUUCGACAUCCAGGUGAAGCGAAUUCAUGAAUAUAAGCGCCAGCUCCUCAACUGCCUCCAUGUCAUCACCCUGUACAACCGCAUCAAAAAGGAGCCCAAUAAGUUUUUCGUGCCUCGGACUGUGAUGAUUGGAGGGAAGGCUGCCCCUGGGUACCACAUGGCCAAGAUGAUCAUCAAGCUCAUCACGGCCAUUGGGGAUGUGGUCAACCACGACCCAGUGGUGGGAGACCGCCUCCGCGUGAUCUUCCUGGAGAACUACCGAGUCUCACUGGCUGAGAAAGUGAUCCCAGCUGCCGACCUCUCUGAGCAGAUCUCCACUGCGGGCACUGAGGCCUCAGGCACCGGCAACAUGAAAUUCAUGCUCAACGGAGCUCUGACUAUUGGCACCAUGGACGGGGCCAACGUGGAGAUGGCAGAAGAGGCUGGAGAGGAGAACUUCUUCAUCUUUGGCAUGCGGGUGGAGGACGUGGAAAAGCUUGACCAGAGGGGGUACAAUGCCCAGGAGUACUACGAUCGCAUUCCUGAGCUUCGGCAGACUAUCGAGCAGCUGAGCAGCGGCUUCUUCUCUCCUAAACAGCCCGACCUGUUCAAGGACAUUGUCAACAUGCUCAUGCACCAUGAUCGCUUUAAAGUCUUUGCGGAUUAUGAAGACUACAUUAAAUGCCAGGAGAAAGUCAGUGCCCUAUAUAAGAACCCGAGAGAGUGGACGCGGAUGGUGAUCCGGAACAUAGCCACCUCGGGCAAGUUCUCCAGCGACCGCACCAUUGCCCAGUACGCCCGGGAGAUCUGGGGCGUAGAGCCUUCCCGUCAGCGCCUGCCAGCCCCUGAUGAGAUGAUCUGAGCCUCCAGUCCAGACCCCAAAUCAGCCCUUGAGCCUGUUUGCAAUCCCUUGGGCCAGCCCCAGCUUCUGAUCCAGAGGGUGGGGUGUUGGAGUUAGAUCUCUAAGCCCCUUCCUGGAAUCCUCAUUUUCCCCUAGCCUCGAGGUCCUAGAGUCCAGCGUGACUAAGGACACUGCUCCACUACUGUCCUCGGGCUCCCCGCCCCCUCCUAUUGAUGGGGUCUGACCAACUGCACCGGCUCCCCAAUAAAUUGAUUCUCCUUGGGAUCGUCCUUA